AUGUUUCGCGCUUCUAUACUGACACGCUCCUUUUCACAGGAGGCGUUUCAUCGCAUGAGCAAGUACAUCAAGAGUCGCAAUCCAAAUGAGAAGUAUCUGCGCACAGGCCAUAUUGUACUUGAGACCCUCAAGAGGUAUCACGCGUAUGUGUUGGCGUUAGGAAUUAUUUUGACUGUGACGUGCUACGACCAGCUGAAACACCCAGAGAAAAUACGGACACCUGUUCAUGAUGGUCGAUCACUUGUUCUUUAG